CUCACGGAAGUAAACAGUGACGUAAUGAAACUACGCAUGCGCUGAACAAAGUAAUGUAUACAUUUAACCUGUAGGCCUAAAACAGAAAACUAAACACUGGUUUACAAAAUCUUUCAAAAUGCCUUUAUUUGCGAGUGUUACCCCUUUUGAUACUGAUGUCGGUAAGUACAAAUGAAGAUAUAUAAUUGAAAUUAAUAAACACAUCUUAAUCUACUCCAUGUGAAAGAUCUGUUAUCAUUCUUGAUGUUUCUACUUCUUUUCUAUACUAGUUUAACGAUUCACAAAAAUAACACCAAGUCCAAGCCCAAAUUUUUCUUCAGACUCUUGUGACUUAUUAGUCAUCAUCCGUUUAAAAAAAAAAUAUAACAAUGCUAUUAAUCGUAAUCAACUAUAAAUUAUGAAUAGGCUUGGAAUCCUAAAGCAAUGAUAGGCCUUAAAUUAAUCGAAUUCCUAAAUUAAUAUAGGCUGCGGCAAUUGGUAGUAAACUAGCUACUUCUAGUUCUAGGGAGCUAUUUGUAGUAAUCUAUUGAAUUGGUGCUCCACAACGCCAGGCGGUUAUUGGUAGACUGGUAGAUUACUAUAAAAAAACUACCAAUUGGUGAUAGAUUGAUAUAGUGAGUAGUGCAGUAUUGACUAAGUCUGAUUAUUGGUAGUCAUUGUUCCUUUUUAAUUAUAUAAAAUGAGUAAAACAAAGUAGGGUUAAACCUGAAAAAAGGAACACAACAAAACAACGAACGUGUCAGCAGAAAGCCUUUGUCAUCGAACAAAACAACAGAAAAAACGUUAUAAAAAAAAAAUAGCACUUCGCUUAGAAUUAGUAUCUGUGGGGCAGCAAAAGAAAUGUGACAGAAAGUAAGUGAGUGAGAGAUUAAAUAAGGAAGAGUGAAAGAAAAGAAGAGAAGUAAGUCCACAGCGAUAGGUCGGGACAUGGAGGGGUGGAGCUAGGUUCAAGCUGUGAAAAGAGACAUGACAUUCAUAUGAAUGAAUUUGUUUGACUCAUUUUAUGUUGUGCUAACCUGAUUGCAGUCUCUCCCCUUAUUAUCCUUUUUAAUUAGAUCACUGAGAAAUAAUGAGAUCACUCUUACUCUAAGUUAAGCAUGUAUGUUGCAAAAAAAAACAAAAAAACAUAUACCCACAACAAAAAUAACUUUAGUGUGUUAGUCUCAUAAAUUCACUCCAAUUGGAUUUUCAAGACAUAAUACACUUAUUUUUCUUUCUUUGUAUAUAUUUUAUGUCUGUAUCUGGGCUUAUGUUUUCAUCGGAUUCUGUGCAGUUUAAAACAUUAAUUCUGCAUAGCAUUAAAACAUAAAUAGUCUAAUAGUAAAUAGUCAUUCCUAGACGUUAAAUUAAUUUGUGUUAUAGAUGCACAAAAUUCCCAAUGAAAUUGUUAAAUUGUACAUAAAAAUAUUGAUGCUCAAGUCAAUUGUGUAAAUAAUACUCAGUAGACCAAUCUCCCAACAGAAAAUCAAUGGGGGGGGGGGGGGGGGGGGGGGGGGGGGGGGGUCGUCACGUGACCAUGUCCCUAAACAAAGAUUGGCCUAAGCUUAUGUUAUCAUCUUUAAACCUAAUCAUGUUAUUAUACAGUUUCAUCUAGCUAUUAUUAGGAACUAGCUUAUCGAAAACACCAAAAGUUCAGUUAACAUUAAAUUAAUAAAUAUGACAAAAUCAACUUUCUAACUCUAGUAGUUUUUGAGCUUUUAUUUAAAAAAUAUGGCUGUGGACUGCACCUCCACAUUUUGAGGCCAAGUUCUGUUUUUUUUUUAAUUGAUGUUACAUUAUAACAUAAAACUUUAAAAUAUUAAAGUUUCUUCUUUUUUAAUAGCCUACAUGUUAGGUUGAUGUUAAAAUUUUUGCAUAAACAGCUGUUUUUGGAAGUCUUCCCUUGAAGCAGACUAUCAUUUCAUCAAUGGACACAUUUUGAUAGGGCAUGAAAGAAACAUUACAUUUUUGUAACAGCUUGUUUAUCUAUGGCUCAAUUUUGCAUUUACCCUUUGGAUCAGGGUGGCCACAGUGCAACAUGGAAGAGCAUAGAAUUUAAAAUAAUUGUCUCUGCUAAAUAUCAGCGUUGGUGUGUUGAAAAAUAGUUUUGGCGACUGGGGCGUUUAUUCAUUCCCAUAGCCAUAGCUAGAGAUAUAGUGAUGAAUUUGGUGAUAUGGUAUUUUUUUAAACCUACAGGGCCUCCUCAUUGGAGAGUUCUGUUGCAGUAUUUUUUCAUUAUAUCUCUUUAUACAUGAUAUGAUAAUAUCAAUAACUUCAUCAUCAAAACGUUUUGAAAAACAAUCAAAUGAUGAACAAUAUUCAGAUAUUCUGGCUUUUUUGACACCAGGCUCAUUAUGUGGGGAAAAAAUAAAAUUGUUGUUAGUUGCUGACCGCCACUUCGAAUACAAUUAUAUUAGUACCGUCCCUCCCUUUAAGUGUCUACUUUUACUAAGAACUGAUUCUGGCAUACUUAUUUAUUGUUAGGGGGUCAUUAGGGUUAAAAAGGAGUUUGACAACAUCAUGCCUACACCAAGUAUAUGCAGAGGCAAACCUGGAGGUGUGAAGGGGCAAACUCUCAGGAUGGCUUUUUUUGGCUUUAUAUAUAUGCAAUAUAAAUCCUAGUAAUAUUUUUGUAAACUAAGUUCAAAUAAGCAUAGUUCUUUUUUAAAAUUAGUUAUCAUAUAUUUUAAUUACAGUCUAAUUUUAUUAGUGGUCUGUUAUUAGGCCUACAUUAUACUAUAUCUAGGCUUUAUUAGCCAGUUAUUGUGCCUUUAAAAAUAAGGUAGUGCUUAAUUAUCAAUUAAAAUCCUGUAUUAGUUUAUCAAAACAAUUAAAGUAAAGAAACUAAGUAAAUUUAAGCCAACACUAGAUCAAGAAACAUUUAAUAUAAGCCAUUGUCUGUUGUUAACAGAUGUUUAUCUAGGGUUUACUUGGUCUUGGAGACGUGUUAUAUUAGUACAGGUUUUAAAAAUGGUUUGAGUUAUCCUGACCAAAGUUUGAAAAUUAGAUAUCCAGAGCCCCAGACAUCAACCAUUUUUAUGUAAAGCUGCUAUUGCCUUUCCUGUCGUCGGUAUUUUUUAAAAUGCCACUGUUAAAUAAUAGUUACUUAAAAUGCGCGAGCAGAAGAGCUGGCUAAUGAAUGUGAAAAUCUAGAUGUCAGGAAUGUAGAAGACUACUUAGGCAUGAGAUAGGGCUUUACAGUGAAUGACCAAAGUAUGUUUGGAGUUGGCAGUUUGAGAGAGUUAGCAUUUGACAGACUUGAGGCUGGUUGAUCAAAGAUGGUGCAGUGCUGCAACCUUACUCCCUGGCAAGGAUGGCAUGGUCUAUUGUUUUGAAAAAUCAGGCUAUUAGAUUUCAGGGUAAAGUAAGGAGUAACUUUUAAGGAUACUAAUCAUAAUUUUAUAGGUUUGCCUGACUUACAAGGAAAAUACAGGAGUAAUAAUUUCUGAAAGGGGUUUGUUGCUUUCCAAAUAAAAUAGAGCGGUGGCUUUCCACCAUUAUGAUAGACCAAAAUUCACAGAAGUGUUGAGGGGUUGUGACAUAAAUAAAAGAUGUAUUUGUUUACAUUCCGUCCAAAAAUUAGUUGAACACAAUAUAACCCACAUCUAAAUAUUUAAUUAUAAUUACUUUAGAAACUCCUCCUCAAAGUCCAGCCUAUGUAUUUGUUUAAUUAACCUUAAACAUGGAUCCACUGAAAUUAUAAUUAUUGAUUCUAGUGUGGCGUCAAAUGAAAGAGGUUGAGAACCGUUAUGGUAGAAAAAUGAGGCCUGGUGGGGGCUACAACUCUGUCCCUGAAAAAAUAAAGGAAUAAUGAUGUCAUGAAAACUGUAACUACCUCCUUAAGAUUUAAAAUAAAUUUCACAUUAAAAAUAAUGCCAUUCACAGAGAAAGCUACCAAUGAGAUGAGCACAACUGAAGAUUGGGGUUUAAUUCUUGAUAUUUGUGAAAAAGUUCAGCGGCAACCAAACGGGUAGACUAUUUCAUUCUUCUUAUUUAAUUUAAAAAAAAAUAACAACCUGUUUGUUUAUUUGUUGUUUAUUGCUAAGAAGGUUUUGUUUGUUUGUGAAAGGAUCUUAAUACAUAUAUAUAUAUAUUACAGUACUGAAUUUAUAUCAUCUGCUCUUCUGUUAUAUUCUUGUUCUUGUAGAGCAAAGUUAGCAUAAUUAUAACUGAGCUAUUUAUAACUUGACAUCCCUCCCUCCCCCCAAAAUGAAAUAAUUGUAAAGGAGCCAUUGAAAAAAAAUUAAAAAAGAUAAACAUUCUGACUAGUUCUAUAUGGGUGCAUUUUAUUUACCAAAAAUAUUUCUUACAUCAUACUUGCUGCAUUUACAGGGCCAGAGACUGUUUGAAGUCCAUAGUGAAAAGACUGAAUCAUAAGAUUCCCUUUGUUUCUAUGCAGGCAUUAACAGUAAGUGGAACAAUUUGUAUGACAAGUUUUUGUAUUAUAUUCAGCUUCUUGUUUUUUUUCAUUAUUUUGGCAUAAGUCAAUGGGGAGCAGUGGAGUGCACUGUAGGUUAAACUGGCUGACAGGUUUGUUCUUGAUUUGAAAUAAAGCUCUUUGAACAGCAGGGUUGAUUUUAACUUAAAAUUUUUUUUAUGGUAAUGGUGAACCAGUUUGCUAAAUUAUUUUGCCUUUUUUUUUCAAGCUCUUAAAUGCGUGUGUCAACAACUGUGGUCGACCAUUCCAUCUGGAAAUUGCUUCUAGAGACUUUGUAUCAGAAUGUAGGACAUUGAUCUCUCAAAAGGUGAAGUGAUUAUAUUGUUUUGGUGUUUCCCUUCAUUUGUCAUUUCUAUGACAGGUUUUAUAAAUAAUUAAGGGCAAAUAUUUCAAAUUCAUUUGCACUAGAGACUGACCGAGUUUCUGUUUUGGUGCAGAGAUUUGCCAUUUGAUCAUUUUCUGAACUUUCAGCCAAAACAGAAAAUUUAACUUUAGAUUUAUUUUCGGUCGAAAGGCUUUUGGUCGUCUUCCAGACGUCAGACAGUCGCUUUGUAUGUCGGCCAAUCCAAUAUUCAUUGUUGCAUGACAUCAUGAGGUAUGAUAUAUGACUAGUCCUCUGCAAACACUGCUCACAGCUUCAUGAUAAGCUACUUGUCCAAAUAUUUAAUAUUUCCAAACAUAAAAUUUCAUUUAUAAAGGUAAAUAGUUUGUGAAGAAAAAAAAAAUAUGGGAAUUGUAAUAUUUUAUAUAGACUAAUAAAAAAAAAAAAUUUCAAAAAUAAAAUUUAGGAACCCUAGGUUAAUUCAUUUAACCCCCCCCCCCCCGUUUUAAUAAGAUACUUGUCCAAAUAUUUAAUAUUUCCAAAAAUAAAAUUUCAUUUAAAAAGGUAAAUAUUUUGUGAAAAAAAAAAAAAUAUGGGAAUUGUAAUAUUUUAUAUAGACUAAUAAAAAAAAAAAAUUUCAAAAAUAAAAUUUAGGAACCCUAGGUUAAUUCAUUUAACCCCCCCCCCCCGGUUUUUCAAAAUGUUUUGUAUAGUUUCUUUUUCCCCAGGCUCAUCCCAAGGUAGCUCAGAAGUUGAAACUCAUGAUUAAAACCUGGGCUGACAUGGCAGAAUUUAGGGAUGACCCUGCUCUCAAGUAAGUAUACUAGAAUCCUCUACACUUGAUACAGUAUGUUUUAGCUACUUAACAUAAUGUCCAUUUUUGAAACUGCUGUUUUUCUGACUUUUAUGAUUUAAACAAUGUCAUUCUGUUUAUGGUGGCCACAUUAAAUAGAACCCUAGAACAAAAUGUUUUUAAAAUUAUUAUUCAUUGGUUUCAUUUAGUUAAUCUGUUCAUGGAUAAUUUAUGUGUUUACACCAUUACUUAUUUUUUUAGGAUUUAAAAAAAAAAUAUUUUUGGCCCUUUAAAUAUGUGGUGUAUUAAUUUUUCAGAGCCAUCAUGUUGAAUUAUUUUAUUUUAAGUGAGUAGGUACCACAAAAUUUUAUCUGAACUAAGUAAUUCUGUUGAAAAAUGAACAACUUCUCAAUAACUGAUUGUUUACUUAUGGAUUUUGUUGAUCCUCUUUUUUAAGCCUUAUUCCAUCAUUCUAUGAAAGUUUACGGAAAGAAGGCGUUGACUUCAGUGAAACUGAGCCAGUAAGUGCUUUAACUACAGUGCAAAAAAUCAAAACCUUUACAAUUAAGGCAUUGUUGACUUGCUUACACAAAUUUCUCAUUCUCUUUAAAUCUUUCAUUUUUAGGCAUUGUUUAUGCAUAUUAUGGCCAUCAGUUGGGAUUCUGAAAUGGAAGAAAAUGUUUUCAAAUUUUAAAUGAAUAAUAAAGUCGACAAAGACCUAGUCGACAAUACCAAGAUUUUUUAAAUUUAAGAAAUGAGAUUGAGAAGUUCCACCCAGACGCCGUAAUGGGUAUUAAGGUCAGCCAUAUUUUUAUUAAGCAAAAUAUUGUUUCAUAAAUGACUUGAUUAUAAGGAAAUCCUGUGUCAGUCAGUAAGUCCAUUGUUGGGCUGGGGUUUUCUUCUUUAAAAACUUUGUUUUUGCUUUGAAUUUGUUUUCUUUGUAUGAGCAAUUUUGCUGGUGCAAAGAAAUCGAUUUUAGGCAGUUAAAACAUGCCCUCAGUUUUUUAAACAUAUAUUUUGGGUGUCAAAGUAGAUCAACAAAAACACACAUAGAUGACAAUAAUUAGAUUUCAUGCAUAUUCUAGCAUGUAUCUGGGUGUAUCACGUCAAUAAUUCUAUUGGGGAUUAUUUUUUUUCAGAAGAAAGCCGCAACAGAUCCAUCAACGGUGAGGAAAGAAGAAGAUGACAUAGCAAAAGGUGUGUUUUCUUGUAACUGUAACUUGUUUGCUUGUAACUUAAACUUGUGUGUCUGUACCGGUAACUGUAAUUUGUUUGCCUGUGACUGUAUCUUGUUCUCCUGUUACUAUAACUUGUUUGCAUGUAAACUGUAACUUGUUGGUCUGUAGCUCGUUGGCCUAUACUUUGUAUGCCUGUAGAUGUAACUUUGGUGUAUAUGUAACUACCUCGUUUGCUUGUAAUUCUAGUUCUUCUUACUUUAAUCUAGAAGACUGCUGGAUACGAAAAAACUUUGUAAUUGGCAGGAAAUUUCGCCCCUUAAUAUAAAGAAGAAAAAAAUGCCACAUGGGCAGAUCGUUCUCUCCGCACCCCUUUCCUACACCACUGACUAGAGUUGAGGUACAAUUAAUUAAUUAUUUUUUUUACCUUCCAGCCAUUGCUUUGUCAUUACAAGAAGAGCAGCACAAAUCCAAUGUUAGGACAGGGUCUAGUGGUAGUGGUGGCAGUAGUAGCUCAGGUAGCCUCUAUCCCACUUAUGCUACACCUGUUCCUUCACAGACAGUAUUAAAAUCUGUACAGAAAGAAAUUAGAAAGGUAACUUGUAUUGUCUGACUUUCACUUUUUUCUAUCCAUUCACGAUAAUCAGUUCUUUUUUAGGAUUCUGUUGAUUUUUGUGAGCAAUGUGCUACUAAGAAAUGAUAUUCCAUUUCAAUAUCACAUUUCCUUUAUAUUGAUAUUACAUACCACUCUAAAUAAAUGUUUUUUCCAUGUGUGAUUAUACGCAAAUCUCCAUCUUAUAUUUAUCUUUAAUGAUGUGCUUUCUGUCACAGCGGGUUACUCGAUUAGAUCUAUGUCUGUUCAUUUUUUCAGAUUAUUUACUUGGUGUUGUUUGAUUUCUGUUGUUCUGUUUUCAUUCAAGUACCAAUGGAUGUGCUAAACGUGCUAAGGAUUAUUAUUUUGUGUGUAUCUCGUAAAAGCCAGCAUUACAAUGUACUUUGGACAUAAAUAUCUCAGCCAUAUAUAAAAAUGCACUUCCGCCAUCUUGUAAACAACAACCCACCAUUUUAACAUGAAAUGGUGAAAUCAAAACAACCAGCCAAACAUCAAGUUGUGGCAUAAGGUGGGCUAUACUGGUGAAAUCAAAACAACCAGCCAAACAUCAAGUUGUGGGCUAUACUGGUGAAAUAAAAAAAAAGGGACAGCUAGGCUUUCUUCCUUCCAUUGUUUUGGGAAACGUCAGAUGACUGAGCAAUAAAAUCGGAUUGUAGUUCUAAGCAUUCCUAUCAAUUGCAUGAAAACUCUUUAAUAUGCUUAACAGAAACAGGAAUUAACGAAACGGCACCAAAUUCAUCAGUGGCAUUAGAUGAAUUUAACCUUUUUUGUGGCAAUAGAACAACAGACAGUGGCAAAUCCAAAGGAGUGGAUUGGACAUAUGUGUCAACAAAAAUGACUGUAACAUUAACAACAUGACAGUGACACAUGUGCUUUGUUCACCCCACACGGAAGUGACACAUGUGGUUUGUUCACCCCACACGGAACUACUAGGAAUCACUUUAAGGGCAUACUAUCAAUCAAGAGAGUUCACCCAGAUCGGUAUUAUCCUCAUUUACAUUCCACCUAGUGCUAACAAGGAGCAGGCUACUGAUAGACAGAAAUAAUUCACGAUUUUGAAACAAAACCCCAAACUUCACUCGUCUUGUUAUGGGGGACUUCAUUCACUCGUCACUGACUGAAUCCAUGCCCACAUACACCCAGUAUGUUACAUGCCCCACCCAUAAAAACUGAACUCUAGACAUGUGUUAUGGUAAUAUUAAAAAGGUCUGUACACUUAUGAUUUUGGCAUACAAUGUGGGAUUUUGGGAUAUCUUUUUACGAUUGUACACAGAGACCUGUCAGAACUACAAUUUUAAGAGGCCAGGCCAAAAAAUAUUAUGGAAUUUUUCUGAUUUAAUUAAAAAAAUUUUUUUCUUUCUUUUAACACCUGGCGAAUGGACGAUUGGUUGUAAUUUUUGUGAAUGUUGGGACCAUCCUUAAUUAUAUUAUGUACAACUGAGAGGGGAGGUGGGGGUUGUUGAUUUAAGAGAUUUGGAGAUGCGGCAACAGUAAUAUAUUGCCUGGUUGCCUUAGCAAAAACUUUAUUUGAACAUCUGUCUUUGUCUGCUGCCAUGCGUGUAAAGAAGUUUUGUUACAUAACUAGGCCAUUUCAUUCAUCUGAACCUCGGCAAUUGCAAAAAUGGAGAAAACUGGGGAUGUUAAUUUUUUAUAUUAGAUGCAUUUGAAACUGUUCUGCACAGAAACUUUAGGUUGUGGAGUAUUUUGUAACAUCUCAUUAGCUGCAUUUGAAACUGUUCUGCACAGAAACGUUAGGUUGUGGAGUAUUUUGUAACAUCUCAUUAGCUGCAUUUGAAAUAUAUUUUUAGAACUUGCAAAGCAGCUCUAUCCCCUUAACGAUCUAUCCUCGUACGAUUUUAAUGCUACAAGUUUAAUAUCGCCAUACUCUUAGUCUAAUAACUACAGCAAGAUGUAAAGGGUUGGGGGCCCCACCCUUUCUAGCUUGCGGUAGUUAUUAGACUAUUAUUAUUGUUUUCGGAAAAAAAUCAUGUUCCUCUUAGAUAGGGACGGCAAAAUUUUUAACCCCCCCAAUGAGGGUGGGAGAGGUUGGUCCCUGAACAAAAUAAUUAUAUCAGCAAUGCGGAAAGACACAAGGUGGACUACAGUGUGUUGUUACUAAGGUCCUCAUUAAGACUGAUUGCAGUCCACUUACUUUUCCUCCCCUACGCCCCAUUUUGCCUGUAUUUAAUCUCUCACCCACUUAUGUUCUGUCACAUUCCUCUUACUGUCCUCUCAGAUAUUAUAUUGCAUUUAAGUGUUAUUUAUUAUUUGAUUUUUACUGUUGUUUGUAUGCUAAUGAAGGCUUCUAAUAUCACUCAAACUAAACAUGCUACCCUAGAGGAACCAUUUGAAAAAAAAUGCUUUUUAAAACUAAAAAAAAAUGGUGGAUGGUAUAUCCCACCCACUUCUUCACAGAUAUUAAAAUCAGCUCAAUCAAGACAAAUUCUUUCUCAUAAAGUAAGGACCGAAAUAUAUAAAAAUUAUUUUGUACCCAAGCCUUACAAAUUUACCAGCUUGCUCCCCCAAUGAUUACCAAAUCUAAAUGAUCACUUAUUAAGUCAUUAUUGUCACGGAAGGAGUUCAUUUAUGGCUGAUUUGUCAGCCUAUUCUCAGCCAGAGAAAUAGGUUAGGUGUAUGUCUUGUGUUUAAACUGUUAAAAUUGUAAAAUUUUGUCUUGGUUUAAAUAUGCAUUUAUUUAUAUGCUGAAAGUGAAUAUUUACAAUAUAGUAAAAAAAACAUUUCCAUUUAUUUUGAUCAGUAAAGAAUCUUAUCAUAUCAUGUAAAAGAAUUAUGGAAUCACUCUUGCCCAUAUUAAUAAAAGGGAAAUUUCAAAAACAGUUAAAUAUUGCAUUAUAUGAAUGCUGGUUUGUCACUUGUCUACACCUGUUUGCUUUUGUGAAAUUGGUGACAUAAUAAUCAUAGAAAAUAAAAAUGUUAAAAUCAAGUACAAACGUACAUGAAAUCCACAUGCAGGUUCGAGCGCUUUAUGAUUUUGAAGCUGCUGAAGAUAAUGAGUUGACAUUCAAGGGGGGAGAACUAAUCUGUGUCCUGGAUGACAGGUAGGUGGAUGAACAUGUACUGAAAUCAUUUUUUUUUUUCAAUUUAUGGGAGAUUUUUUAAAAUUGUAUUAAAAUGUAUUUCAGGUCAAUUGGGUUUGAAAAAAAUUAUGGGCUUUCUGCUAAAUUUUAUUUGUUUUAUUUUUGUUUAAAGUAGCAGCACGGGCAAUUCAUUUGAGGUUGAAUUAUAUUUGAAUGUGUGAAAGAAAUUCUGUUCUGCCACCUGAAUAAAUUGUGAUUACACUUCUAAAUAAAAUGUUCAACUUCAUAAUUUUUCUUGUUUUGUCUGUCAGUGAUCCCAACUGGUGGAAAGGUUCCAAUCACAGGGGAGAGGGUUUGUUUCCAGCCAAUUUUGUAACUGCCGAUCUAACUGCAGAGCCUGAACCAGAUGGUCAGUUUGUCUCUUUACUUUCUUGGGUUGUUGUUUUGUUUUUUUUUACAAACCAGUUGUUUUUAUUUACCAGGGCUUGUUUGUUUAAAUUUUUUAUUUUCCCAAAUUUUUAAAAUUAAGUGCUUGGUUACUGUGGGAAAUAUGAGCAUAUCUUUUGGCUUUGGAGUUACCCCUAUCACUGGUUACUGUGGGAAAUAUGAGCAUAUCUUUUGCCAUUGGAGUUACCCCUAUCACUGGUUACUGUGGGAAAUAUGAGCAUAUCUUUUGCCAUUGGAGUUACCCCUAUCACUGGUUACUGUGGGAAAUAUGAGCAUAUCUUUUGGCUUUGGAGUUACCCCUAUCACCGGUUACUGUGGGAAAUAUGAGCAUAUCUUUUGCCAUUGGAGUUACCCCUAUCACAGGUUACUGUGGGAAAUAUGAGCAUAUCUUUUGGCUUUGGAGUUACCCCUAUCACUGGUUACUGUGGAAAAUAUGAGCAUAUCUUUUGCCUUUGGAGUUACCCCUAUCACAGGUUACUGUGGGAAAUAUGAGCAUAUCUUUUGCCAUUGGAGUUACCUCUAUCACUGUAGGAUAGUUAAAAAAAAAAAAUUUAAUUUGCCUUAAAUACUGAUUUUUACCCUACUGAAAAUUAUUUUAUUUUCUAGUGUUAUUAUUUUUAAUAGAUUUAGUACCAAGAUCCUAAAGGUAAUAGUAAAUUAUUUACCUGAUAUGCAAUAACAUUAUUAUUAUUAUUUUAUUCAGUUAAAGUAGAGAAGAAAUCAGUACAGUUUAGUGACCAGGUAGAGGUCAAGACAUUGUCCUUACCACCUGGAGAAGAGGAAAUUGAUGAGGUAAAUUUUUUUGGAAUGUUUUACUGUAAAGGUAGAUGUUUUUACUGUUCAGAGGAAGAUGUUGUUUUUUUAGAUCAAUAUCGAUCAAAAUGCACAAAGAAUUUUUUGUUCUAAUUCAAUAUUAAUGAAACAGUGCAGAGUUCACCUGGGAUGUGCCCACCUCACUGUUCUUUUUUGUAAAACCAUGUUGAGUUCACUUGGGGCAUUUGCUCGUCAGACUGUUUUUUUGUAAAACCAUGUUGAGUUCACUUGGGACAUGUGCCCACCUCACUGUUCUUUUUUGUCAAACCAUGUUGAGUUCACUUGGGGCAUUUGCUCAUCAGAAUGUUUUUUUGUGAAACCAUGGAGUUCACCUGGGGCAUGUGCCCAUCUGUUUUUUGUUGUUAGAAUCUAUCUCAUUAUCUCUGCAUUCUGCAAAAACAAUCAAUAUUCCUUUGACCAUCCAGCUCUGACAAUGAUCAGCAAUUAACAGAAAGAUAACACAAAGUUUAACUUUUUAUGUUUCCCCAGUCUAAAAUAGAUGAGGUCCUGACAUUGAUACAGAAUGCUGACCCCACAGGGGACAUUAACCCUGACAGUCAACACAUGCUCAUGUUGGAAGGUCAGUAAGAAUUAAACAUUAGAAUAACACAGUUAUGUCACUGAAUGCACUGUGAUUCAGGAUAUGUGUGAUUGGAUGUUCUAAUCUGCAAAGUUUUUUUUUUACUACUGUAUAGGACUUAUCUUGGGGGGAGGUGUAUUUAGUCUAUAAGAUAGAUUAUGUAUUAUCAUUUCCAAAAUGUUCAUUUGACCACUGUCAUUGUUUUGUCUUACAGCAAGCCAUGUUUGUAUGAUGUUAAUAACUUCCAGCAAGCCUUGUGUUUUUCUAUCUCAUCUAAUAUACAUUUAAAGGUGACUCAUGCCAUACAGUGCUGGGCAGUAACAGGGUGACUUUGUUAAACAAGGUCUGUCUUGCAUCAUCACAUGUCCAUCACAAUUCCUUGUUUUAAAGUUAGUAACUUAAACUAAUUUUGGCUUUUCAGAACAAUGCAAAGCUAUGGGUCCGUUAAUUGAUGCGGAGCUGGAAAAAAUUGACAGGUGAAUUGUAGUAGCUGUUUAUUCUCUAAAAGUGAAAGUUAAUCUAAAUAUAUUGAAUUAGAUCAAAGACAAUGUUUGAAAAUGUAGGCAAAUAUGAUCUAACAUUUGCUUAUAUUAAUUUGUUAUAUCCAGAAUUUUCACACAAAAGAUACAUUGUAUAUAAUUAUUUUCUGAGAAAAAAGUGGUUUUUAUGGUCAAAAUGCAUUGCAAGAAAAUAAUAAGUAUUCCAGAAAGUAUGCACUCAUUCUGCAGAGAUGAUUCAUUCCAGGACAUGUACAUCUUUUCCAGGAAACAUGCCACCCUAGUUGAGUUGAACAAAAAAGUAAUGGAUGCUCUGCAAAUGUAUCAUAACUUGAUGAAGGAGACCCCGGCCUAUGGGUACUCUGGCCUAAAGACACAGGAGACCCCAGCCUACGGCUACUCAGGUCUUAAAACACCAGGCAACUAUGUGCUUCCACCAGGUGUAGGUGGCGCCCCCAACAUGGGGCCACCAUUGCAGGUAAGGUGCAUUCUUUGGAAUUGUUGUCAAACUCACAACCCCACCAUUGGACAUCAGUAUGCAUGUCCACAGCUUUUUAUAACAGACAUCAGCAUAUCAAAGUACCUUUUUAUAAGACAUCAGCAUAUCAAAGCAGCUUUUUAUAAGACAUCAGCAUAUCAAAGCAGCUUUUUAUAAGACAUCAGCAUAUCAAAGCAGCUUUUUAUAAGACAUCAGCAUAUCAAAGUACCUUUUUAUAAGACAUCAGCAUAUCAAAGUACCUUUUUAUAAGACAUCAGCAUAUCAAAAUACCUUUUUAUAAGACAUCAGCAUAUCAAAGCAGCUUUUUAUAAGACAUCAGCAUAUCAAAGCAGCUUUUUAUAAGACAUCAGCAUAUCAAAGCAGCUUUUUAUAAGACAUCAGCAUAUCAAAGCAGCUUUUUAUAAGACAUCAGCAUAUCAAAGUACCUUUUUAUAAGACAUCAGCAUAUCAAAGCAGCUUUUUAUAAGACAUCAGCAUAUCAAAGCAGCUUUUUAUAAGACAUCAGCAUAUCAAAGCAGCUUUAUAUAACAGACACCAACUAUCAAAGUAGAUUUAUAAAGCAGACAUCUGCGUAUCAUUAAAGUAGCUUUAUAUAGCAGACAAGCAUAUCAAAGUAGCUUUAUAUAACAGACAAAAGCAUGUCAAAGUAACUUUCUAUAACAGCAUAACUCAUCAGCAUAUCAAAGUAGCUCUAUAUAACAGACACCAGGUAGCUUAAUAUAACAGACAUCAGCAUAUCAAAGUAGCUUUAUAUAACAGACAAAAGCAUGUCAAAGUAACUUUCUAUAACAGCAUAACUCAUCAGCAUAUCAAAGUAGCCUUAUAUAACAGACACCAGGUAGCUUAAUAUAACUGACAUCAGCAUAUCAAAGUAGCUUUAUAUAAAAGACACCAGGUAGCUUAAUAUAACAGACAUCAGGAUAUCAAAGGAGCACAAAUGCACUUUAAAUAGUGAUCUCUGUUCAAUAUCUUCAAGUAGAUAUCCAGAAAAUUAGAAGCAUGAUUAAGUUUUUAAAAAUGAAAGUAUUUUGAAAACAGAUUCACUGAAUAAGUUGAUAAUGAAAGGAGUGCAAUGCAAAACUAUUAUGGCCAAGUUGUAGUUUUUGUUAUUUUUUAAAGCGACUAACUCAAGCAAGGUAACUAUGAUAACUUGCAUCAUGACUAAGAUCCACCUUCAAUGUAUGUUUAAUGAAUUGUUCACAUUAUCAGCAAAUGACCAGCUGUCAGACUAUAUGACCAAUGUGAAUGCUGUUGAAAAUAUCUAUGCUUUUAAAUCCACUUGUGCCUUGGUUUUCAAGCAUCAACAGUUUUGAAUCAUUAGUUUUGAUGGGGGAGAAAUAUUUUGUUUCACUAAUUCAAUUUUUAAAGAUUAUUAAUAUUUAUAGAGGGUAAGGUAAGGUAAUUUCAGACUUUUAUGUUUCAGAAAAAGUUUACAACCACACACUCUGCAUUAUGUCUCUUCUUCUUUUUUUAAAAAAAUGUGCAUAAUAGUACAACAACCAGCCGCAAUACAUGUUACCUGGUGGAAUGGGGGGCCCACCAAGUCAGGGCCCACCCAGCAUGUCAAUGGCAGGUGGCAUGAGUGGGCCAAUGCCAUCACAAAUCUAUACACAGACUCAAAUGGUUCCACCUAGUCAGCAAAGUUUCCAUGGGUAAGUUUUCUUUUGUUUUUUAAUGACAAUUGAUUUUCAAAUAGCUCUGUGACAACUGAUGUAUAAAUAGCAUGGUUACAAUUGAUGUCUAAAUUAUACUGCGUUAUCAAUAAUAUCUUACCAAAAGUACUUUGAAUGUCUAACCUUACAGAAUAGGAUGGUGGUGAAGGGGAGCACGGUUUCUUUGGGUUUUUUUUUGUGUUUUGAAUUUUACAUUUUUGGGUAAUGUUUAAAUGAAACAGCAAAAUUUGAUGAAGUUUAGCUAGCAUUCACAAUCAACGAGAUGAUAUAAUGCAAGGAAACCAUGGCUUUGAUGAAAGAAUACAACCUGCGCCUUCAUCUUCAAAGCAAACAUCAGGAGAAAUAUGCACAGCCGGAGGGUAAAGUCCUUGCCAAAAAAUGUUCUCAAUUACAAAACCCACUCACAUCUCAGAGGACAUUGUUCAGUAUAUCCUCAAGUGAAAAUGAAUCCUCAACUAAGGCCAGUUAUAAAGUUGCCUACAUCCUGGCUAAAAGUGACAAACCGUUUACAUAUGGUGAAGUAGUGAAGGAAUGUUUGUUAGUGGUGGCUGAGAAAAUUUGCCCAGAAAAGUAAAAAAUUUUUGAAAAUGUAGCUUUGGGUGCAAAUAACAUAGCCCACCGUGUUGCAGACGUGAGUGAAAACAUUGUGACUCAAAUAGUGAAAAAUGCAAGCAAUUUGGCCAUUUUUCAAUUGCAAUGGAUGAAUCGCUGUACAGCUGUUCCACCUCUCAACUGCUUGUGUUCAUUAGAGGUGCGGAUGGUGACAUGAACAUAACACAAGAGCUGGCUUCCCUACAUAGCAUGUAUGGCACUGUUACCGGAGAGGAUAUAUUCACUGAGUUGAAAAAAACAUUUGCUGAUUAUAACAUGGACUGGACUAACCUCAGUUGCCUGACUUUUGAUGGAGGAAAGAACAUGAGUGGCAUAAAGAAAGGCUUGGUUGGACAAGUGAAGCAGAUUUGUAAUGAGAAAAACAUUCUACAACCAAUGUCCCCUCACUGUAUUAUUCACCAGCAAGCUUUGUGUUCUAAAUAUGUGGACAUUAGCAGUGUACUGAAUCCUGUGCUGAAGGUGGUGAAUUUAAUAAGGUCACAUGGGCUCAACCAUAGACAGUUCAGAGACCUGUUGAAAGAUACAGACACAGAAUCACAAGAUUUACCAUAUUACAUAUUACCAUAUAUAAGAAAGGAAAUAGGUGACUUCCUGGAAAGUAAAGGCAAGCCACAGCCAUUAGUGUCUGAUGAAGAGUGGACAUGGAAAUUGGUCUUUGCUGCAGACAUAACUAGUCCUUUAAUUAUUCUGAACCUAAAACUGCAAGGAGAGGAAAAUCUAGUUUCUGAUCUAUACACCCACCUAAAUGCCUCUGGGUCCAAACUCAUCUUAUUUUUGGAACAAGUACAGGCCAACAAUUGAUGCACUUUCAGCAGUCCUAUGUCUUCAUGGCUGAAGCUACAGCGGAGUUCCCCAUGUCAUUUGCAUGCGAGAUCAUCAAAGACCUCCAGCGGCAGUUUCAGCAGUGGUUUUGUGACUUGUAUUCAAAAGCAGAAGAAGUGAGACUGUUUCAUAACCCAUUUGACACAGAUGUGGCCAGUUGCCCAGAUGAACUGCAGCUGGAGGUCAUUGAGUUGCAAGAAAAUUACCUUCUUAGGGACAAUUUCAAAGGACUGGUGGAUUUUUACCAGUUUUGGCCCAAGGAAGACUUUCCUAAUGUCAAAACUUUUGCAUCAAAUUAGCUUUCAAUCUUUGGAACUACAUACCUUUGUGAACAAAGAUUUUCAAGAAUAAAAUACGUGAAGAACAAUUUGAGAACAAACUUGUCCCAUGAUAAUCUCAUAAUGUUAGGGACAUCAAAUCUAAAGCCAGAAAUGUCUGCUAUUUUGGCAUCCAGGAAACAAUUUCACCAUUCCCACUAAUAUGUUUAUGUGUCGUGUAUCAAUGUCUUUUUAAAUAAUAACUGAAUAAAAUAAUAUUAAAUAAAUACUUAAAAACAACAUCCAUGUUUUUAUUCUUUUUUUUUUGGACCUCGGGUGUGUAGUCUGCCCCUGAACUGCUGUUUGAUAGUUAAUGCAGCCCUCGGGCUGAAAAGUUUGGAGACCCAUGAUUUAGGGCAUAAAUUUUCUUGACACUAAUGUGUCAUUAUUUAGAGCAUAAAUAAUCUUGAAACAAAUGUGUCAUUAUUUCGAGCAUAAAUAAUCUUUAAACGAAUGUGUCAUUAUUUAGAGCAUAAAUAAUCUUUUCAAAAGUGUUUAUCUGGUUUUGUUUUUAUAAUGAAAAUACCAGAAGAAAUGAUCCAUCAAUUGAUGUUAUAGUGACAUCAUUCACUCAUUCUCUGACUCAGACAAAACUCCAUCUCUAAAAGAUGCUGCAUCCAGAAAUACUUGAGUAAAAAUGGGGGAUGUUUUUUUGGGAUAAGGAAGGCUAUUGGGGUUUCCAAUAAAUAUAUCUGAUGUCAAAAGUCUCGGCCACGCUGCCUUGUAAAAAUGAAGAUUAAGAGGAAGUGAAAGCUCUUGGAAUGAAAGCUUUGCUUCACUGUCUGAAUAGACUUUGAACCACUGCGGCCUCGCCAGAGAUUAGGUAGAGGGUGUUUAAACUGAGUUCAUUGUUUCAAAUUGCAUUGAUUCUUUUUUAAAUCAUGGACCAAAAAAAAAAAAGCUGACCAAUAUUUCUUGCUGAUAACAAUGAGUUUAAAAAAAACUAUAUUUAAAAUUGACACUAACAUUUCUAAUGUCCACUUAACCUUUUGUAUGUCCAACUAAUAUCUGUAAUGUCCACUUAAUCUUGUAAGGAAACCUUGCUUGCUCUCUGCUAAUAUACAUCUAUAUCUGGUAUUCACUAAGGAAGCAACUCAGGCGAUAACACUUUGUUGGUUAUGAUCUUUUUCCUUUAUUGGGUUGAUACUUUCUUAUACUUAUACUUUCUCUCCAUCUCACACUCUGACAGUCCUCUACUCCUACCGUCGGAGCUCUCCCUGACUGUCCGCUUCUCUGUCCGGCUGAGUUCUCCAGUCCUGUCCAGAGGUCCCUAUUUAUAAGUCCCAAGCCCAUAGAGUUUCUUUCCCAGGUCUGUAAUCUGACGCGACCGCCCCUUUGAUCAGUCGGUCGCUACCCCCACCCCUGUUGCAUCAAGGUCCGAACCAGUCGUCCCAGGGAAAUACCCUGGUCAGAUGGCCGGUAACCCUGCUGUGAGAUCUGACGCGCCCGGCCCUUUGAUCAGUCGGUCGAGGUCCGAACUCUCCACAAUAUUUAUAAUGUCCACUUAAUACUUUGUAUGUCCAACUAUCUGUAAUGUCCACUUAAUAUUUAUAAUGUCCACUUAAUAUUUUGUAUGUCCAACUAUUAUCUGUAAUGUCCACUUAAUAUUUAUAAUUCCCACUUAAUAUUUAUAUAAAGUCUACUUAAUAUUUUGUAUGUCCACUUAAUAUUUAUAAUGUCCACUUAAUUUUUUAUAUUGUUCACUUAAUAUUUUGUAUGUCCAACUAAUAUCUAUAAUGUCCACUUUGCAGGCAUUCCAAUGUUGUGUCCUUGUCUGGUUAUUCAACUCACCCAUCUUCUGGAGCAGUCCCAAACCUGGCAGCUGUUAAUGGAGGUCACUCAUCUGUCCCACCUCAACAGCAGAUUUAUUCAGGUGGCCAAGCCUACACACAAGGACCUCCCUCUGGCAUGUACCACCCACCCCCACCCCAGCAGCCCUUACUGUAAUAUAUUUGUUUUGUUUUGAUAGCCUAUAAAAACUGAGUCAGGCAUUUGAAUAUAGCCAAGUGGCAUCUUCUCUCCCCCUCCCCCCAACUUUCUGACUAUGAUUAUGCAGGUUCCACUUCUCAUCCACUGUCUUUUGCUUUAAUGCAAUCUUGUUCGUUCUUUCUGUGUCACCAUCUGACAUCAGUGAAGGCAUUGUUAAAAAAAAAUUUGUCGUUUUUCAUGACAUUUUGAGAUGGCGUUAUUUUUUUCAUACUGAACCCAUGUGGUCACCCAUUGCACCAUUUUGUAUUAUGUCCACUGCACGAGUACUUAUGUUGUUUUCAUCUGUCAUUGACAUUCUGUCAUCGGUUGUAAUGGAGUAACCUUAUAUCACUGAUCAAUAUAUGGCUGUGCAAUAAAUAAUUUGCAUUCAAAGGUCUAGGGACCAAGGUGUGUGUGUGAAAUCUGCAUGAAUGUUUUUCUUUCUUAUUGGUCACGGUGGGGCUGGCUUGAAGGUGGGGUCGUCUUGAGGGUGGGGCCAGCUUGAGGGUGGGGCUGGCUUGAGGGUGGGACUAGUUUGAGUCUACCUACUUCAUCUACCUACUUUUGAAUCUAAUUUAAAAAAAAAAAUUGUAAAUUGGUAGUCUUGGUUAAAAAACUAUAUUGUUGUAGGGAACUAAUGUUGUAGAAUCAAGUCAAUAUUCAAUAGAUUGAUAUUGAUAAAUCUUUGAGCUCAUUUGAAGCUGAAACCAUGAAUAGAGAGUCAAAAAUGUCUUAAAGUUUCACUAUGUCUUUAUUUUGUGUGAGUGGGAAGUAUGUCUCUUUCAGUCUACUCAAAAAUGUUAAGUCACAACAUGAAAAGCCUUUAAAUGAAUAUCCUAAGUAUAAAGAAACUGUUCACUAUAGUUUUUAAAAAUACACAAGCUUCUCGUGUACAAAUAAUAAAAAAAUGUAUUACUGCUAUAAACUUUUGUAUUUGUUUUAAAUAAUUUAGUCUGUCUGUUAAACUCGGGUCAUUCUAUGGUGCAGACAUGUAAUAAAUCAGUUCUAAACAGGCCAGAAAUGACAACAUGUCCUUUGGGGCCUUGUGCUGGCCAUUGGUGGGUAGCAGCCUUGUGCCGGCCGUUGGUGAGUAGCAGCCUCUUACAGAUGGGGGGAACUAUUAAUUUAUAGACCGAGAAGCCAUGAAUGAACAACUUUGACUAAACUUACUUUUAUGUACAUGACUACAUCCAAGUUUAUAAUCUGUUCAAAGGCAAGUUCUCAAUAUAACAGGAAGUGUGAUUAUCAUACUUGAUUAUUUUUUAAAAUUUUCAAUCCUUUUUGUUAGACAAUUUAAUAAUGAAGUAUAACCAACAUAGAAGGGAAAUAGAAUGGGUUCUAUGAGAUUCAUUUGAUUCUGAUCUCUUUCAAUCUUUUUUUUUUUAAAUAGUGCUAAUCAGAUUUUUCAAUAAAUUAUAAAACCCUUAUCUUAAAAUAUAUAUAUAUAUAAAUAUAUAUCAGUGUGUAUAUUUGUUACAGCCGAGUCAGAAUUUUUUGUAGAAAAGACAUGUAUACAUUUUGGAUACCUGGGAUUGAAAUAGUGAAAAUGCAGAAAUUCAGGCAUAUUCAUCAUCAUGAUAUGUUUGCAUUCAAUCAUAGUGAGAUUACAUACAUGAUAUGUUUGCAGUCAAUCAUAGUGAGAUUACAUACAUGAUAUGUUUUCAUUUAAUCAUAGAGAGAUUUUUCCAGGUUGUCUCAGUGGUCAGAUAUAUUAAUGAUGCGAUGGACUGAUUUAUCAUUGUUUAAUUGGACGGACUAAUCAGUGAUAAUUAGGACUACCAAAUCCAUGAUAAAUAGGACUGACUUAUCCAUGAUAAAAAGGACUGGCUACUCGGUGAUAAUUUGGACUAACUAAUCCAUGAUAAAUAGGACUGACUUAUCAGUGAUGAUUGGGACUACCUAAUCCAUGAUAAAUAGCACUGGGUUAUCAAUGAUUAGGUAGAAUGAGUUAUGAAUUUUGAGUUUUUAACAAUGAUCAAAACAAAAAUAAAGCAUUUAGUUGUUGAAAGAAACGAUGGCCAAGAUCUUGUGACGUGUUGAGGACCACUAAUUAAUGGAGCUUAUUGUCAUUUAUUAUUUUUUUCAAAUAGAUUUCUUAAUUGACCCAACUUCAUCUGUUUAGAUAGAUAAACCCCCC